GACGAGACAAUAUUCAGAAGAUCCCAUUUAUUUAUAGAUUUCGGGAGCGUGCGUUAUCCGGAGUCUUUUUCAAGGCGUCGCUUCCCUCAGUUUCCAGGUCGAGGCCAACACUUUCAGAGCGUUCUGCACUUUCAUCCUCCUCCCCUUCGUCGUAGUAUACGUCGUUCCCAGUUAUUCGUCUCGCAAAUUUCUGUUCGGCCAAGAACGACAAACACCGGAGCCCCAACAAUUGUGCGUGGGCCACUGUGUUGUCUCUAAUUACUUUGCUAAUUAGCCAAUCACCUUCUCCUGCUGCCGGAUUGAUUGUGAUGAUCGAAAUCUCCCUCAGCAACACACAACACAUUAAAAGUAGUUUCGUAGGUGACUAAAGAAGUCGAGACGCCAUUAAACUUCGCAUCAAUCACACAACUGGCCGUUUGCGCCGCGCCCGUCGAUGCUGGUGACGUCAUCUGUAAACACGUGCGGCCGAGAGUUAUAAGAAGGCAGCCAGCAAAUAGGAAAAAAGAAAAGAAAAUAGGUUGUUGUGGAGCGCCAGUCAGUCGGCCAGCGGAAGAAGGAAAAACCAAAAAAAAAAAGACCAAGUUUUAAAAAAAGAAGAUGCCGACAUCCACUGCGAGCUUAUCGCUGUCUCGGCCCGGCAGUAGCCGAAACACAGGCAGCGGCGUUGGUCAACCGCAGCAGCCGGCCAGUACUGAGCCCGUCGUUCCGCCUUGGCGUAGAGUGUCUCGACAGGAAAAUAACGCAAUGGAUUCCACAAGACUUCGUCUUAUAAUUCCACCUCCGCCUCCUCCGCCAUCAGCCAUGGCUCCGCCACCACCUCCUCCACCGCCACCACCACCAGCUCCAGCAGUUCAGAAGCGGGAAGUACCCGAACAUGUCGCAGUCAAACUGGAAAAGUACAAGAAGACGCCUCGGAAACGGCCCGAUUGGGCGUCGAUGAUGAAAGAGAUUGAAGUAGGUAAACAACUGAAACGGGUGCAGACCAACGACCGGAGCCGGCCCAUCUUGCCCCAAGCCAAAGCCAAAGGAAAGGUACUUCCCGGUCAAACGUUUACGCCCAUCACCUGCCCAGACGACGAAGCAAACACGAAAGAAGUGUUCGUCUACGAAUCAGAAAAGCCAGCCAGCGAUAAUGUAGCCAACCAGAUCCUGUUGGAAAUCCAGAAAGGUGUUCGACUGAAGAAGACAAAAUGCAACGACCGAUCGAGACCCAUUUUAAACGGUCUGGGAGUGUUCCGGAGACAAGUGAGCACUGUGGAAGUGGAUCCAGCCGAGCCGACAACUCCUUUGAUUGAACCAGAGGCCGAUUACGACGAUAUCGACAAAGUCCGGGACGAUUUGCAAUCCACCAAGCAGCUACUUGAAAUUGAGUUGGUUAAUCGUCGUAAAAUCGACGAAGAAAAUGCCAACCUACAGAAAGAGAUCCGCCGAUUGAAGGAAGAACUUUCCAGUGGCGGUGGUGGUAAAAAAUCUUCACCCUCUGUGGCUCCCUCUUACGGCUCGACUAGAAGAUCUUCCUCGACCAACCACUUCGCACCGGAAACUUCUUCGAUAUUGAAGAAAUCCACUUCAAAAAUGAUGAUGAACAAGAAUAACAAAUCAGCCAAAAAGGAUUCGAGCGAUGAAGACGAAGAUUCAGACGAGGAUUUCGGCGAUCUGGACGCGGUAGAAGAAGAAAUGAACGCCCUGAGAGGACAGGCCGAAUUGGCUCGCAAGACUGCCGAAGAAUUCGAAAACCGUUACAAGGAAACGGCCAAUCAAUUGGUGACGACUCAGGCCGAGAUGGAAGAUUUGGAAAUGAAAGUGGCCGUUUUAAAGAAGAAACUCCGCAAAGCCCAGGAAAUGAACGGCGGCGGAGAGCCGGAAGAGGCGGAAUUACGCGAUUUCGGUACCCAAACGGACCCGAUAGAACCACCGCCUCCAGUUGUCGAGAGCCGGCCAUCUCGAUCGCAUAGUAAGCGUGACCUGCGCAAGCAAAUGUCUCGGCAGGACUCGCGCGGAAGCAACGUCAGUUCGGCCAACAACAAUCCAGUGGAUAGUGAAGAAGAGGAAGAGGAAGAAGAAGAAGAGGACGAAGCGGCCGCCUAUCUCAAGGCCCAAAAACGAGAACUGGCCUUGUUGGCAUCUCGAUUGCGUUCAACCAAGGACAAGGAGAAGAAUGUGCGGAAUGAGCGAAUCGCCCUUCAUCUCCAGUUGAAGAAAUUCCGCAUCGACUUGAAGGACGAGAAAAAGAAGUACGUCGGGUUGAAGAAGGAGGUCGACGGCAUGGCCGUUAUGAUGAACGAAGUCGGCGAAGAUGAAAAAGUAGAAUUUGUCGUCGAAGAAGUCGAAGUGACGGACAGCGAAGAAGAAGAGGAAGAAGAUGAAGAUGAUGAAGAAGAAGAGGAGGACGACGACGACGAUAUCGAAGAUGUGGAAGAAGAAGAAAGUGAUGAAGAUACGGAGAGCGACGAAAUGGAGACGAGGAUGGACAAGUAUAACGACCGAUUACGUCACCAUGACAACACGCUCAAUACACUGAAAAAGGGCAACUAUUUGCUCAAAUCCAAAGUGGACAUGGCUCAGGAGGAGUUGCGCAAAGAGCGCAGCCGGUACUCGGCCCUGGAAAUCGAACUCAACAACUGUCUGGCAGAGCUCGGUUGAGAUUGAAAAAUCAAUUCAAAGUUCAAUUAUAUAAAUCAUUCACUUACUUAUAUAUAUAUCCAAGAAAACAAUUGAAAACUCAAAAAUAAAAAAUAAAAUCACAAA